GUCUCCUGUGGUAUUGCAGGUACCUGCGUGGUGGAAGACGGGGAGUUUUACUGUUUGGCUAGUAAAAACAUCUGCAGAGUGCGUUGUUUGAGGGCAAAGAUGUCCCAGAUGACUGAAGAGGAACAGUUUGCACUGGCCCUGAAAAUGAGUGAGCAAGAAGCCAGAGAAGUGAACUGUCAGGAAGAGGAAGAGGAGGAGCUCUUGAGGAAGGCCAUUGCUGAGAGCCUCAAUAGCUGUCAGCCCUCGGACUCCUCUGACGCAACCCCUCAGCUGUCUGUCGAAGCACUGGGCGUGCAAGGCGAAAGCCAGCCUGCCGAGAAAGAAGGCUCUGAGAUCCUGGGAGGUCUGGCACUUUGCCCUGACACCCCUCUCUCCAAGUGCAGCUCCCACUCACAGAGCUCUAGAGCUGAUGGGAACGGACAGAUGGAUGUCGCCCGCAGCCCCCUGGUAGUGUUGAGGAGGUUAAGCCAGGAAAUCGUUGAAAGCUCACUAGUAUCCAGCAUAAUUGUGUCUCCAGGGAAGGGCCAGCCUCUGACAAGGUCAAGUGAAAAGCCUUCCUCACCAUCAGAAAGUGAUUCCAGUAAUGGGUCACCCGGCACGCUUGCAGAGGACCUCGUCUCCUUGAGUCCCACCUUUGGCAGGGUGACUUCAGGCACCUGGCGACUGACACCUCGGAGACUGUUCACAAACCCCUCCGGCCCUUCUGAAGCAACAGGCCACAAACCAAAAGAGCAGCCCCUGCCCUGCACUGCCCAUUCUGUGGGAGACACUGGUGCUGGGAGCUCAGCCAUGCUCCGCAAGAGCUGGACCGCAGAACGGUGUGGUAGCCCCAGGAUAAGUGGCGGAGGAGCAGGUACCAAACACACCUCACCCAGGCACGCCGAUGAAAUGUGCGUGUCCACGGAGCAAGCGGAGCAGAACGAGGUGCCCGACGGUACCCCUGAGCUUUGCGUGCCGAGUGAGGCGGAGGAGAAUCACAAGCAAGAGGAGGUGAGAGACACAGUGCACUAUUACUGGGGCAUCCCCUUCUGCCCCAAAGGGGUGGACCCCAACCAGUACACCAAAGUCAUCUUGUGUCAGCUGGAGGUUUACCAGAAGAGCCUGAAGCAGGCUCAGAGGCAGCUAUUGCAUAAGAAGGAAUUUGGUAACCCAGUUGUGCCCAGUUCUUCCUUGAGCCAAAAUGAGCUUGGGAAGGGAGACCAGAUAAGCAGGGAGAACGGGGUUGCUGAUGAUACAGAAGAUGGAGAUCCAGAGGCGCAGAAAGAUCCUGAGAGCAUCACCUGGCUCCUUCCUUCGAAGAGGAGGGAGGCAGAGAGUCCAGGGCACAGCGUGGAAGAAGAGAAGAACUCCACUUCCGAUGAUGAACCGACCACCAGCUACUGCCAGGCCUCCCAGGGGCUGCCCGCAGAGGAUGCGCGUGAAGACGGGGAACCCAUGCAAGUUGCACAGAG